GAACACACGACUGCUUGAGCUCCUGACGAUCACAUACGAUACCUGGAGAAAGAGGCAACAACCGGUCGUACCAAAGGCUGAGGUUGUCUCGGGGAAAGGGACGCCGAAAGCAAAUGUGGUGGUCCACCUUCGGUGCCGUCCAUGUCCGACUGUGUCUUUGCGGCUGAGGUUUUCCGCGGUCCCGCUAUCCGGGCUGAAAUCGUCACCUUCUCCCGGUCAGGAGCCUUUGACCGUCCGGGGCGGACUCUGAAGCCGACAAUGAUCCCAAAUUCUCUGGUGUGUUGACAUUGUUGAAGAUGGUGCGAAAUGUUUCUUUUCGGGCCAGUGAGUGCCGUGAGGUGCAGACGGUUGGAGCUGAGUGUGUGGUACGUAGGCGACGGAUAGGUAGUCAAUUGCCAUCCGGGCGCGGGGUGCACUAACAAUUGAAUUUUGUCCCAAAUCCUCCAAACUCGCAGCAGCCAGCAACGGCACGGCAUUUCACGCUUGUUUGCAACCGCGCACCCCCGGUACGGAAACGACGAAAUCUCGCAGCGAUUCAUUCCAGCGAUGGCAUCCCAUGAUGAAAUCUGGGACGACUCUGGCCUAGUGAACUCGUGGAACGAGGCAUUGGCAGAGUACAAGAAAUAUCACAGCAUACACGCCGAAGGAGCAGCACUUCCCGAGGGUGUCGCUGAUGAACUCGAAGAUCAGAGUGCCAAGCCUAGCGGUGCUACAAAUGUCCAUCAGGAGGGGGAGGACGGCGUGGCACCCGCUGUUGAAGUGAAGACUACACCCAUCAACACAAUUCAACACGGACUGGAAACCCAACAAUCUGCUGCUGCUGAACCUACCGCAGCCACCGCAGCGAGCUUGCCUGGCCCCGGACCCCCACUGAUGUUGGGUUCGGUGCAGGAUGAAGAGCUCAAGAAGCUCUUGAUGUCAUGGUAUUACGCAGGCUACUACACCGGUCUCUACGAAGGGAAACAAAAGGCUCUGCAUGAGCAGGCACAGCAGUAAGUAGUCGUCUCUGACCGAGAGUGCUUUGGGUGCGUUUUGUCUCUACCAAGCACCGUUGUACGGUUGUAAUGGGGUUGCGAGUUUGACACCCACAACCACGUGGUAUGGUCUGGGAACUACGCAAACGCAACAAGGGAGAUAAUCUUCCAGGAGGGGAAAAACAGAAAUGAUACCCACAGUCUUAGGUAUUUUUCUGCUGUCGGAUCCCGUUGUGAGUCUCUCCAUGACUUUCUGCCCUUCCGUCGUGCCGGGGCCACAAGAGUCUGGACCACAAUCGGUCGCCCCCUUGAGGGAGAGGGAACGGAACACCGAUUAUAGGCUGCAUGGUCAACUACCGUCCAUCGUGAACAGCUCCGUACCCAAGCCGGGCUUCCCAGGCUUCAACGAUACCGAUGGCUCUCUUUCGUGCUAGAUGUCGAAGGCAAAGAGAAACACUCGUCUCGCGCGUUCUCGUUUGUUCUUUUGUUUGCUGCUCGAUCAGAUCAGGGAGUGUUAGAAGAAGAUCGAGGAUCGAUACAGAGAACAAGGCAUCGUAUCUUCCUGUCAUCGACAACCGAUGUUCUAUUCCCCUUGCAAACGCAAUUGAUAUACCGUCCACAUAAUAGUUUUCCCAAAUCCACUUUUUUUCUCAAC